AUGCACAUACACGUUCCAGAGAAUACAUCCACAUCUGUUGUCACCAAGCAACCUCCAAGGGACAACGUGGGACCGCCGACCACCAUGAGAACAUCCUGCAACCGUUCCAGAUUAGGUACCAUGAUAGGGCUGGCCUUGAUCCUCACUCUGAUCCUAUCUCCACUCUUGUGGUAUCUCACUCAUCGUACAGUAUAUCAGAUGGUGAGACUCACAAGGGAACAGACUGAUCAGCGUGUGGCGAUGUAUGGCCCGACCAACAUAACGGAAGGAGAUUGUCCUGUGACACUCUCAUGUCUAGCCAGAAUUGAGACUGUUCGAUAUCUAAGAGUAGUAAAAGAUUCUCGCAACAUUGCUUAUGUUCUUAGAUACCCACCCGCCUUGACUACAAGCUUUCAGAACUACAGACGUACUGUACGUGGGGGGGAUUCUAGGGACAACCAUGAAAUUCACAUUGUAUUUUUCCCGGUUAGGAUGGCUGACUCAGGCAGAUAUGAUUGUGUUGUCACUACUAUUAAUGACUCCUUCAGAACUUCAUGGAAUAUGACAGUGAAACCUGCAUCCCCCAGGCCCAUUCCGACCCAGGCCCAGCCCCCGACGUACUGCCCCUCAGAGACGACCCUUGUACUAGGUAUAAUGUUCACCGUGGUAGUCUUCGUAAAUCCGAUACUAGUCGUAAUGGCCCUAUUGCUUGUGCCUGGUGCCAGAUGUAUCAGAAAUGUAGGUAGGAGGAGAGUUCGCUACACUGUCACCACAGCCGUGGCCAUUUGUUUGUGCAUUCUGUAUCUCCCACCUGUCCAUACCAUAAGUGAAAGGAAGGUCUUAACUGUCUCUAUCCAACUUGGGACUACAGUUACUUUCUCAUGUGGUCCUUUUGUGGCUUGGGGACACCCCAGUGGCAGAGAUUAUUUAAACCAUCGUAAAUAUCUAUGCAGGGACCCGUGUAAAACCAAGAACAUAGUCACAGCUACUGAUAGCCUGGCAGGGGGUAGAUUCUCUAUGAAUAAAAGAACGACUGAUAAUGGGGCUCAGAUUGUGAUUCGGAGUGUUCAAAAAACAGAUGCUGGAAUAUAUUGGUGUGCCAUUGAUUUCCCACAAGGGGCAGACAACUAUCAGAAACUCACUAUACUUGUUGUAGAACCAGAUCCAUCCCUGAUUAAUCAGACCGCCCCUACCCCAGCUGAUUUUGUUAGACCUAUAGAUGCUAUUGGAGUCCCCAGGGGAGUUCCUGACGAGUACAAAGCUAGAAAUCAAAUCACGGCAGGUAUUGCAUCCAUUUUCUGGAUGCCAACCCUUAAUAAAAAUGUGGAUUGGAUCAAUUACAUUUACUAUAAUCAGCAGAGGUUUAUUAACUACACUCAUGAUGCAAUCAAAGGUUUGGCUGAGCAAUUAGAUGCAACUAGCCUUAUGGCAUGGCAAAAUAGACUGGCACUAGAUAUGCUGUUGGCAGAGAAAGGGGGGGUCUGUGUUAUGUUUGGUGAUUCUUGUUGUACCUUCAUCCCUAACAACACCGCCCCGGACGGCUCAGUUACAAAAGCUUUGGAAGGUCUGAAGUCUCUUAGAGAGGAGUUGGCUGAGAAUUCUGGGAUUGACACCAGUAUGACUGCCUGGUUUGACUCUAUGUUUGGCAGAUGGAAAGUGUUUGCUGUAUCUCUGAUGUCCAGUUUGUUGGUUGUCAUAGGCCUUUUUGCUCUAUGUGGUUGUUGUAUAAUACCUUGUGUGCGCAGUUUGAUGGUUAAGGCCAUUGACAGAUCUGUUAACACCCAGUUCCUCAAUCUUGUGGCUACAGACCGCAACCCCACUCUCGCUCCUCUGCCGACUGACCUUUGGAGGCCCUGGGCAAGUCCAUCUGAUUUUGAUUUUGGUUCUGAUUCCAACUCUGAUGAUGCCUCGGUCAUAGUCUAA